AUGGAUCGAGCAAAGAAAAAGUUCGCGUCGGCCAUCGACGGUCUACGCUCAUUGCACAAUCGCACAGAAAUCAAUGUUGAUGAGAAAAUCCAACCGGAGCAUUGUUGUCUGACUACAAUUGUUCGACAUGGUCUGCCAGACGACGCAAGAUGUUUGGCAUAUGAUCCUGUCCAAAGACUUCUCGCCAUCGGAACAGGACGUGGUCAUAUUCGGAUUAUUGGCGAUGCUGGCGUUGAUUACCAUCUGCGCCAUGAAACUGAUCACGCGGUUGUUCAAAUGCAGUUUUUGGUUAAUGAAGGUGGACUGAUAUCGGCAUGUGCGAAUGAAAUGAUUCAUUUGUGGAAUUAUCGCCAAAAAGUUCCCGAAGUGGUUCAUUCAAUGCAAUUCAAUAAGGAAGGCGUCUCAACCAUUCACCUUCCAGUUAGCGGAAAAUGGUUAUACGUUGGAACUGACAAGGGAAACAUUUACUUCCUUUCGGUAGCCACGUUCCAAUUAAGUCCUUAUGUAAUCAAUUGGAAUAAGGCUAUUGAUCUUGGGUGUCGUGUUCACCCAGGCCCUGUCCGCCAACUCGCGGUUUCACCAACUGAUCCAACCAAAUUACUUAUUGUCUAUGACAAAGGUGUAUUGGUUCAAUGGAAUUUGACAACCAAAGAGGUCGAUCGAUUCCCGCUGGAUCCACCCAUCAAAACAGUCUCAUGGCAUUUUGAUGGGAAGCAAUUGCUCACCGGAAAUGUCGAUGGCUCGGUGAGCGUGUACAACGUUCGCAAAACGUCCGAAUGUGUGCAACGGACGACGCCGCACGGAACGGGACCCUGCAGACCAAUCAAUCAGAUUGAAUGGAAGCAUGUCUCGGAAGGCGAGCAGAUUAUUGUGUUCUCUGGCGGAAUGCCAACCGACGACGGGUUGCCGGUUCCCGCGCUAACCAUCCUUCGCGGCGGCAAGUCGGUCACGGUUCUCGAAAUGGACCAUCCAAUUGCUUCAUUCAUCACAUUGCCGCAAAUUGCAUACAAUUCAUGUCCUCAGCAGCCGCAUUCGGUUGCUGUUCUGCUCAAAAACGACUUCAUGGUGCUUGAUCUUCAACAGCAAGGACAUCCUAUGAUUGAAUCACCUCAUGCGAUGAAUAUUCAUGAGAGUCCCGUCACUUGCCUCGUCUAUUAUUCUGAUUGUCCUUUGGAUCUGAUCGGAGCCCUUACGCUAGUGGGGACAAAGCAGAGAAAAAAGGAUUACAGCCAGCGGGUGAGAAUGAAUUCAAAACCAGCAUUUAUUAUUUAA